AUGUCUUCGCCCUCACCUCCUUCAAAGCGCAUCAGGCUCGACUCUAGCAGCGUUUCUCCACCUUCCGCGUCCCCAAAAGCUGAACAACACGAUGAGGAAAUAGUCGCAGAUAUAGAAGAGGUCCAGGAAGAGGAAGAGGACAACUGUGCUAUCUGCUUGCAGUCAAAGGCAGACCGUACGGUCCUCCCGAGUUGUUCGCACGAAUUCUGCUUUGAGUGUAUCGUGGUGUGGUGCGAGCAAUCACGACGCUGCCCACUUUGCUCAUGUCUAAUCACCACCCACCUCAUACACCACGUCCGUUCGAAGUAUGAUUACCAAAAGUACUUCUUGCCUCCUCUGAAAUCUAGUACGUCUGCUCUUGAUCUUCGGCCACUCUCUGCCACUGCCGCUUCCACUUCACAAAACAGGAGGCCUGCUAGAAGAGAGCGAGAUUGGGGCAGGAGAGAAAGGGCAGAUAGGGAUAGGGAACGGGCUGCGAGAGAGGAGAGGGAUGCAUUGGAGAGGGCGAUCGACUGGAGGCGGUGGGUGUAUAGGCAUGAUUUAUAUGCGAAGCACGUAGCGUCCAACUCUUACACCCGUUUCCGCUCCCCUCCAACGCCCGCCCAAUUCUCUGCAUCCCCCGAUUACAUCCGUCGAGCGACUAUAUUCCUCAGACGCGAACUACAAGUGUGGCCCGGUCUGGAUGUCGAGUUCUUGACGACGUUCACCGUCUCACUCAUGAAAUCCAUCGACAUACGAGCGGAAUCCGCCAUCAAGCUUCUCGCAGAAUUCUUAGACAUGGAUACUCCAUACGUCGACGGAGGCAGGCACACCAAUGCAGAACAUUUCGCGCAUGAGCUCUAUUCCUACCUCCGAUCACCGUUCAAUGACCUCACAGUAUACGACUCAGUCGUCCAAUACGAUAGUCCACCAAAUGCACCUCCGCCUCAUCAAAACCACGGCCAAACGACUCGCGCUCGUUCAUCGCGACGGCGCGCAUCUCCCUCCCGGUCACGGUCACGUACUCGAGAAUCAUCUCCCGUCCCCCAAGCAUCAAGUUCACGUCGACGUCUGCGUUCUCCCUCCCCACGACCUCGUCGGCGAUCUCCUCCCCAUCAUUCUCAUUAUACGAACGGUCGGCAACUACCACUACCUCAACGCGACACCCUAGUCUGUCCGCCGAGGUCUCCAUCCCCCGAAUCGCCGCGAUACAAGAGAGAUGGGUCGAGUGAGUCGGAUAUCGAUAUGGAGAGGUUGGAGGAGGAGUUGGAGCAGUUACCUCCUAGUCACGGCCAUGGCCGUGGACGUGUGGAUGGAUAUGAGGAUGGCAGGGUAACGGAUAAAAGGAAAGGAAAGGAGAAGGAGGACGUGAUAGACUUGGAUGAUGCGAGACAUGGAAGACGAAGAGCUGGAGAGUCGAAGGAAAGUAGAGGGGGUAGGAACGAAUAUCGAGGACGAAGUCGGAGUAGGGAGAGGGAUGCUAGGCGACGUCAUUCGAGAAGUAAGAGUCGAAGUGGGGAUCAGAGAAGGGCGAAGGGCCAUAGUAGGAGCAGAAGCCAAGACACGGAGCAGAGGGGUGAUGUGGAGAAGCAUGCCGGUCACGUCAAAGCAGGAAUGAAGGCUAAGGGGAAGGAAAAGGAGCGUGCACCAAAUAUCGACGACCGGAAAGAUGUCGAUGACACAGACAUGGGGAAAGAUGGACGCCGAUCCCCUUCUCCAUUGCCUGGCGAAAACCAAUCGCCACUCACAAUACAUAAUAUGGAUGAGGGAAAGGGCAAGGUUCCGUCCAGCGUUAAAAUCGAGCGGGUCGGAACUACUAAUAAUGUUGAGGUGCAAGAUGUCGAGCCACGGCCUUUAGGGCUCUCUAUCAAAGGCCAGGCUGGUGUCGACGCGAAAUCGAGUGGAAGAACUUCAGAGUCAAACAUUCGAGAAUCUGGUACCACUCUUCCGCUCUCCGAACGCAUACGAUCCGAAAUCGAAGUGCGCCUAUCGACGAAUAGACCCGCCACUCGUACCAUCACUCGUGCAAGGCCUCAGUCUCUCCUAGCCUCUGUGCAAGCGCAUCUAGGGAAAGCUUCACAGCCCCAGCGACCGUCAAAGUCAGUCGAGUCCGCGGCUAGUCCUUCCGCUAGUGCUACCUCACGGAGAGCAGUCUCUCGCACGGUUACGAGUGAGGGGGACAAUAUUCCUUCACUCCUCCUUCGCAUGUCCGACGACGUCCCCGAUAUUCUAACGCCCUCACAGAAAGACACCCCGUCUGCACCAUCGACACCGGUCAUCGAAACCGAGCGCAUACGAAUGUCUGCUCCCUCGAUUAUGGCACGCACGCGAGCACGACUAGGGCAAAUGCGCGCGACUCCCCCAGCCCCCUCUAAACAUCAGCACCCUCCUACGACCUCCAACGCCACUCAAUCGGCGACUACUUCUUCGAAUCAACUUGGCAACCACGACAGCACGGAAGUAGGAGUUGUCGUUACGCCGGAUCUAAGCCCUACCCCGAAAGGUAUCGAGGCUAUCGAAUUGUCUUCUCCGUCUACCCAAUUCGGUGGCAUCAAUGACGAUAUCCAUCCGCUUCCCUCGGAAAACAUGGACGCCCAUAGUACCAUCGAUGAAGGUGAAAAGUCGGAUGCAGAAAUGGCUCAUGAUGAUGAUGAUGAUGUCAAUCCAGAUCGUCGUUCGGAUAUGUAUACCACCUUGCAUCCAGAUGGUGGUUAUAACCAUGAGCCUACGUCACCGCAUUCAGCGCCGAACUCAACGUCGUUGAACUUAGUUCAUGUCGGCAGCACACACUCAUCAUCAAGCUUAACGUCUGCAGCCACGACUCACAGAACACAUAUCGAGUCUCACCCUCAUCAUGCAUCCAAAGACUAUCGCACCCGGCUCCUCGCCAAAUUAGCUGCAGAACGCCAAACCAUCCCAUCUCCUUACACGAAUGCUCACGAUCCGACAUCACCUACACCUCUAUCUCCGUCUGCAUCUUCUUCCCCAUAUUCUUAUCCUUCAGAACCUGCUUCUCAAAGGUCAUCCACAUCGACACGAGUAGGCCUCGACCGAGGCGAGACUUCGGGAAGCGGUCGAAGCUCUCAUGAUGCCUUCGGCGAGACGGGGGGUCAGAGCAUGGGACCUGUUUCUAUGGGUACCGCGCCCGACGGCGUUGGCACUAAUAAUGAGGCGCGAAAGGAUCGUCUUCAUCCAAGCUGUCAUGGACUCUCUACCGGAACUCCGAGCCUUAUAGAGGACGGUCCUGGUGCGAAUACGAAUAAUAAGGUAGAGAGGAGAUUAAGGGCGCAAGCCCAGUUGAGGGUUAGACUUGAGGCUGCGAAACGUGCAGCUAACGCCAAUGCUGUAGCUGGUCACGAGCCACAGCCGAGGAGUUAUACCGACAGUCGUGUUGAAGAUGAAGAAAUUAGGAGCACACGGGAAGGAAAACUGCGGGAGGCGCUGUUAGCACGGAACAGAAGUGGGGAGACGAUACGUAGCUAAAACUGGAGGCCGUCCGCAGAAAUGUAACUACUGCCGCGCACAGCUGUGCUGGUUUACUUGUCA